CUUCCAUCUUUCAAGAAUUUACGAAUUUCAAAGAAUCUGUGUUGUCAAUUGUUCUUGACAUCUUGCUGUUUAAGUUUUUGUUCAUUUGUGUCCCUCUCUUUAUUAUUACAUAAUUCCAAAUAAAUAACACUUCCUUCCUUGCUAAACUUCUCGACCGUUUUCUUCUACUAUUUCCCUGCAAAUGCAAAAACCCAACUCAAAACUUGAAGCCAAGAAGAAAUGUUUUACUCUGAGUCAAGAAAAGGAGCAUUGGGCAGCAUAUGGGUAGCUGCUUAUUUCUUUAAAAAACUUAAGAAAGCUCAGGUCACUCAAACUCACAUCCCCACUUCUGUUGAUAAAAUAUUGCAAGAUGAACUUGAUGUUUUCACAUAUAGGGUACUUGCGUACCUUCUUCUUGGUGUUGUCAGAAUAUUCUCCAAAAAGGUUGAAUAUCUGUACGAUGACUGCAAUAAGGUGCUACUUAAAAUCAACGAUUUUGUGGUUAGUAAUAAAGAAAUGGCACUUGUACAAACCCUGCGUGCUCCUAAUUUCUCUAUCACACUGCCCGAAAGAUUUGAACUUGAUGCUUUUAAUCUAGAUAUCCUAGAAGAUACUAGUGGAGUCAAUUUGAUGCCAAUUGAAGACAUCACUAUGAAAGAUAGCAUGUGGAAAGCCGGAGCAAUAGUGCCAUACUCUGUGGACACGUGUCAUAAUGAGGAAGUCUCUGCCAAUCAGGAUAUUUGCUCUGCAAAAAUUAAUCUGAAUGAAGAUUCUCUUUUGUCUCCCCUGAUUGACUGUAAUAUCAUGGGAGGCCCAUCUCAUAAUUUGAGCAGCUUAAAAGUAAGCACUGAGAAGUUUCAGGAAAAUAGGUCCAAUUUACAUGAAUCCAUGAACCUUGAAUUGCUUCCUGCUGUUGAGAUACAACCGCUUUGCGCUGUUCCAUUAUCAGUAGAAGAUCCCCGCAGCGAAGCAGCGCAGCUAGGGGAUCUAAUAGUUAUGGAAUCAGAUGAAUUGCAUGAAGAACAAAGCAUGCAAGAUAUCUGGGAUACUAAUAUCUUUGGAGAAGCUGGUUUGAGCUUUCUCAUAUGUGGAGAAGUUGAGAAAGAACCUGUCAACGCUGGUAAGUCACCUGGUUUACAUCAUCUAACUGAUGGGAACCAGAUAAAGGUUCCAGAUAUCUCACAAUCAGAAAAUGGAAAUCAUGAAGAAGAUGGUAAUUUAAAUAACCAUGAAGAAACCAUGGAGAAACUUCGUGAAAAUGUGGGUACCCUGGGAGAAUGUAGGAACAUAGAAAUGUCCUGUAUGGUCGAGGAGCCAAGAGAACAAAAUAGGUCAAUUGAUGAAAAAAAGGAGAGUAACACAGAUCAUCAAAUGUUGUUAGAGGUUGACGAGCCUCCAGAAAAUACUAGACCAUUUGGUGAAGAGUGUCAGAGCACCACAAACCUGAAAACUCCAAUUGAAAUGAUGACUCCAGGAAGUGGCACAUGUCAGACUUCCACAGAAGAUCAUCCAUUAUCUUUAACAAUUGAUACAACUCCUCAGUCCAGGUUCCAUGAAGCUUCAGGAUUUAGCACACCAGAUAUUUUGCUUAUUCCUACCCCAGCUGCUAAGGAGGGUGCUCGUCAUCGAAGGAAAAGGAGAUGUUUUUUUGAUGAUAUGAUGGUGUUUCCUAACAAUGUAAUUAAACAAUUUAUAGAAGAUUCAAGUGACUUGGUCUCCAAACGAAGAAAAGCUCCUUAUACUGAUGUUGCCGCCUGGAGAGCCUAUCAAAUUUCUCGUCUUCCUCAGAAUUUCUUGGAGUCCUUGAUUCCUUGUUCUUCACCAGAGCUUAGAUCUCUUCUUUGCGGGAAGAAAUUAAAGAUUUCAGAAUCACUCGAUAAUGCGAAAGUUCCACAAAUGUUCACUUCCGAGAGUCCCACAGUUAGUAGAUCAGUGGAGACUGUUGAGCCUUCAGAGAAGUUAGACAAGUCACAACUUUGGGUUGAUGGUCAAUGUGUUGAGAAUAUGGACUCUUUAGAAAGGCUAAAUGUGUCAGCAUCUCCUUCUGUCCAUAAACAAGGCGAAACCGUGGAGCCUCCAGAAAAUUUAGGCAUGCCAGAGUCUCCUAUUGCUGUUAGAUCCUUGGAUCAAGUGACAAUUGCACCAGAAACACCUGUUCUGCAUACAAAAAUGCUGAGGUCUUUUGAAAGCCCUGAAGCACCUGAAUUUUCUAAUUUGGAUAGACCAAGGUUGGAGUUUGAACGAGCAGAACAACAAAUAUCUCCCAAUAAGGAACAUGAACUUGAUCUCGAUAUGAUGAAUGAGGAGAUUAAUUCAUGUGAAGGGGAUUUCCAGAACAACUAUGGAUGGUCAGAGAGAACGAGAGUGGCGGUGAGAUGUUUGCACAGAAGUUUUCUAAACCAAAAGAAGAGAGGAGAGGAAGAAAUAGUAAAUCUGUUGCAACUUUUGGAAGGAAGAACCAAAAAGGAAAGUGCAAGGCUCUUCUAUGAGAUACUGGUGUUGAAAAGCAAAGAAUAUGUACAUGUGAAACAAGAAAAUGCCUACUGUGACAUUCUUAUCUGGAAAGCCUCUCAUUGGGGACAAACAUGUGGGGAAGAUAGUGUUGAAGUUUCUCCAGGAUUCACUCGAGACUUGGAAGAGAAAUAGAAUUAGUAAAUUACCUGGGGCUAAGUAACCGAAGGUACCUCUCACUAUAGCUGAACCUGUUUGUGACUCAGAAGAUAUUGUAGCAGCAGCUGCAGCUAGAAGCAGUUUUGCAAGCCCAAAAUCACAAACAUGAGCUGUAAGAUCAUUGUCGAGAAGGAUGUUGCUUGGCUUCAGGUCACAAUGGAUAACUGGUACAUGGCAAUAAUGAUGAAGAUAAUCCAACGCAGCAGCCACGUCGAUUGCUAUGUUUAGUCUCUGAAUCAAGUUUAGUUUGCUUGAUUGUGGAGGCUGAUCCGGUGGGCUCGGAUGCAACCAUCCAUCCAAGCUUCCAUUUGGCAUAAACUCAUAAACCAAAGCUUUGAAAUCGUGACCUCUGGAAUCUAUGCUUGAGCAAGAUGAUAUGAUCUUGACAAGAUUCCGGUGGCGAAUGUUCUUCAAAGCUUCACAUUCAGCUAAGAAACUCCUGUUAGCUCCUCUUUCUUGAAGAUUGAAAACUUUGACAGCAACAACUUUUUCUUCUUCAGUGUUCAGAAUUCCUUUGUAAACAGAGCCAAAGCUUCCUUCACCAAGUAAGUUGGGCAAUGAGAAUCCAUCGGUUGCUUUAAAAAGUUCUGCAUAAGAAAUUUCCAUAUGCAAUGGUGUCAAGCCUGAUGGAGAUCCCUCUCUGGGCCGCUUCUGUCGAUAAAAGAAAGCAUAACCACCGGCUGAUAAUAGAAUAACAAAGACACUGCCAAAGAUAAUGAUAAGUACCAGUCUAGUGAUUUUGCUUUGUCUGUUUCUAUCUGAUUUAACCUUCGGACACGGUGAUAAACGCAACUCUUCAAUUCCUCCACACAGCUUAGGAUUUCCUAAAACUGAAAAUAGACUGAUAUUCCUGAACACACCUUUAGUUGGUACUUCCCCCUCGAGAUUGUUGAAUGAGAGAUUGAGAUAAGAAAAAUACAAAAAGUUCCCGAGAAAAUCAGGAAUCUGUCCUGACAAAUUGUUGCGAGAAAGAUCAAGGAUUUCAAUACUUUUCAACUGCUUGAAUGAUGAAGGAAUACUUCCCUGAAAAUAGUUUUCCCUCAUAUACAAAUACUUCAACAUCAAGCAAUUGCCUAAUGUGUUUGGAAUUUCUCCAGACAAUCCAUUCUCUGAAAUAUCUAAUUCACCAAGACUUUUUAGGUUUCCUGUCUGGACCGGUAAAUGACCGGUGAAGCCAUUUGACUUUAGGUCGACGAGAAGAGAAAGAGAAGAAAGACCAAUAACUUGUUCAGGUAUUGCACCUGUCAGGUUAUUGUGUGAAAGAUUUAAACCUUGAAGGAAGUUGCAGUUUGCCAAUGAAAUUGGUAUUUUCCCUUGUAGCUUAUUGUCACUUAAAACAAGUCCAUUUAAUGAAGUAAGAUUUCCAAUACUAGUUGGAAUUUUUCCUGACAGGGUAUUUGUGGAAAGGUACAGUCUUUGCAAGUUGACAAGCUUUCCGACAGAAUAUGGAAUAUUUCCUGACAGAAGGUUGCCGUUUAAUGCUAAAAACACCAAAUUGAUCAGCCUGUCAAUACCUGAAGGUAUCUUUCCUGAUAUAUGGUUUUCAUCUAGUCUUAGUAUGGUGAGCUUUGUGGAUAGAUUUGUGACUGAAUCAGGAAAUGCUCCCCGAAAGCCGUUUCGGGUCGUUCGUAGCACUCUCAGAUUUGUACAAUUGGUUAGUGAUUUAAGAAACCCUAAAUCAUCAUUUCCAUCUAUUUUCCCAUCAGAAAGAAAGUUGCCCCCAAUUUCUAAGUACUCUAGAUUUUGGAGGUUUCCUAAAUUCGUGGGCACUCGUCCUGUGAAAGCAUUGUUGCUUAGUCCUAUGUAGCUAAGUUCCGAAGCAUUAGCCAGAGAUACUGGAAAGGGUCCGGAGAGUAUGUUCAAUCCAACGUAAAACUGCUCGAGAUUUGGAAGUGUCAGACCCAGAUCAGCAGGAAGUUCUCCUUGUAAUAAGUUGUAACUAACAGAAAAAAACUCUAUGGAAGAAAUGUUGAAAAGAGAAACAGGAAUCAUUCCAGUCAAAUUAUUACCUGUCAAUUGUAAGAAUUCGAGGUUCAACAAACUUCCAAGCUCAACAGGAAUGCUUCCUACAAGAUUGUUAUAUCCUAGAGAAAGCUCAUCGAGGUUUGAAAGAUUUCCAAACGAAGGCGGUAUAGUUCUAGAACUAAACCGGUUUUUCGAAAGGUUCAAUUGAGUAAGCUUAGACAAAGAACCGAGAAUUGCUGGAAAAUUUCCUGCAAGAUUGUUGUACAACACAUUGAUCCUUUCGAGUUUCGAGCAGUGAGUAAUAUUAGUGGGAAAAUCACCUUCAAAGGAAUUACUUGAAAGAUUAAGAAACCGAAGCCGAUAAAGACGACCAAUUUCUUGCGGUAUAAUACCAUUAAACAAGUUAUCUCCAAGAUCAAUCUCUCUAAGAAAUGAAAGAUUACCAAUAUGAGGAGACAAUGAUCCCACUAAUUUGAGUGACCGUAGGUUUAAAACAGUCACUCUUUGGUGCCGUGUACUACAAGUAACGCCUUGCCACUUGCAAAAAUGAAGAGAAGCAUUCCAUGAUUUAAGAGGAUCGGAGCUUAUUUUAGAUUUGAUUGCACGCAAAGCCUGAAUGUCGGUUUCAUUUGUAAAAGCAAGACUGCCUGUGAGAACAAAUGUGAGGAAGAUAAAAGGGUUGACACAAAGUUUGAGAUGCAUGUUGAAGAUAAUUGAGUUUGUGUUUGUGCUUCCACUCAAUUUAUAUAGCAUUACCAUUCCCACCUUGGUAUAUGACUUUGACCAUAAAUGCCAUUGUUCUUUGAUUUUGAUAGUUACUCAAGUUAUAAUUUUAGGUAUAAUCACUUAAAAUA